GUUCCGUGCAGCAAGCUUUGGUGUCUGCUUCCCUUCCUCUUUUUAUGCCACCGGUCACUCUCGCUCUCCGUCCCCCAAUGAGCUAUAGUCUGUUGAGCUCAUGGGAGCCAUGGCCGUCAUGAGUAUCCGGAAGUUCCUGCGCCUCGCUCUGGCGGCGGCAGUCUUCCUUGCUUCCUACGUGUUCCUGAGCCAAACGGACUUUGUUUACGUCGUCUACAAGGGCCGGCAAUGGCGCUCCUGGAAGUACGUCCCGAGCAGCUUCGACUGGGGAAAGCGGCCAGAAGCUCAUCCUGUCGAGGAGGACAUCAUGGUCCGCCUGCCCGAGGGAAACCCGCUCCAGCUGCCCCGGGUGCAGCACGAUUUCUCCGCAGACGAGCUGAGCAGCUCCCACAACGAGACGCAGAGGGCACGCCGAGACGCCGUUCGGAAGGCGGCCAAGAGGUCCUGGAGGGCCUACAGCAAGCACGCCUGGGGCCGUGACCAGGUUGCGCCUCAGUCGCUGAUCGGCCAGGACACCUUCGCCGGAUGGGGGGCCACGCUGGUGGACUCUCUCGACACCCUCUGGAUCAUGGGCAUGGAGAAGGAGUUCCGGGAUGCGGUCGGGCACGUCGCCACCAUCGACUGGGACAACGCGACCUCGGGCCACUGCAGCCUGUUCGAGACCAACAUCAGGUACCUGGGCGGCUUGCUGUCCGCCUACGACCUGAGCCAGGAGCAGAUCCUGCUCGACAAGGCCGUCGAGCUCGGCAACAUGCUCUAUGCCGCGUUCGACACGCCCAACCACAUGCCUGCCAACAGCUUCAGCUUCGACCUGGCCAAGGAGGGCAAGCUGACCGCCAGCGACCACGAGGCCUCGGCCGCGGUCGGCUCCCUCUCGCUCGAGUUCACCCGGCUCUCGCAGCUGACCGGCGACCCGAAAUACUACCACGCGAUCGACGGGGUCAAGAGGCAUCUAGAGAGGACCCAGGACUCGACCAGCCUGCCCGGCAUGUGGCCCAUCUUUGUCGACCUCGAGAACGACUUCCUCACCCCGGGCACGUCCUACUCGCUCGGCGCCUCGGCCGACUCGGCCUACGAGUACCUGUCCAAGAUGUACGCCCUCCUCGGCGGCCUGGACCCGACCUACGAGAAGCUCCACACCAAGGCCAUGGCCACGGCCGAGAAACACGUCCUCUUCCGGCCCAUGCUGCCCGACCCGGCCCCGGACGUCCUGUUCCCCGGCACGGUCCUCUCCAACGGGCGCAUCGUCGAGCUCUCCCCGGAGAUCCAGCACCUCGCCUGCUUCGCCGGCGGCAUGUUCGCCCUCGGCGGCCGGCUCUUCCGGAACGAGGAGCACGUCGAGGUGGGCAAGCGGCUCGCGCGCGGCUGCGCCUGGGCGUACGAUGCCUUCCCGACGGGCAUCAUGCCCGAGAAGGCGGAGCUGAUCCCCUGCCGCGUCGAAGAGAAGGAGGGGAGGAAGAAGGAGGAGGAGGGGGGAGAGGGAGACAGCAACCUCGCGCCGUGUGCGUGGAACGAGACCCGGUGGAGGGAGAGGGCCCGGGAGCGCCGGGCGGGCGAGCUGCCGCCCCGGGGGUUCGCGGCGCUGCUCGACCCGCAGUACCAGCUCCGGCCCGAGGCCAUCGAGAGCAUCUUCGUCCUCUACCGCGUCACGGGCAAGGCGGACCUGCUGGACGUGGCCUGGCGCAUGUUCGAGUCCGUCACGGCCGCGACGCGCACCCGGUUCGCCUACUCGGCCAUCGACGACGUGCGCGCCACCGGGGAGACGGGCAAGCUCGAUUCCAUGGAGAGCUUCUGGAUCGCCGAGACGCUCAAGUACUUUUACCUUAUUUUCUCGGAGCCAGACCUCAUAAAUCUGGACGACUACGUGUUUAACACGGAGGCGCAUCCGUUCAAACGGCCAAGACCGAACAACGGCGAUGAGGAGUGAACUGGCGGAUGACCAGAUCUCGAGGGGUUAUCCAAAUUGCACACGCCUCGAUCGAGAAUGACGUUG